UCGAAGAAUUUCUCUAAUAUAAAUUGGAGGUUUACAGUUCAGAACUGGCAUAAAAUUUCAAUUGUGAAUACUGAAAAAUAAAAUAGUAUGAAAUUAUAUUUAUUAGUUUUGAUUGUUGUCGCCCUAUUUGGCGCUUUGUACGCCCAGACGACGACAACAGUAAAACCUCCAUGUACUGGUGGUGGUGCAGGUGGACCUGGUGGUAGAGGAGGACCUGGACGUCCAGGUGGACCAGGAGGUCCACCAGGUGGAAGACCUCCACCAACUGAUUCGUCUGGAAGACCAAUUCCACCAUCUGGUAGACCACCAACAACAGCUGCAUCUGGUUAAUUAUGCAACAUUAAAUGCAUUUUAUAAACCUAUAAUAUGGAAUUGAAAUUAUGCGAUAUAUGCAACUUCUAAAAUAUAGUCAAAUAGUCAGCCUUGAAUUUAUUGAUUUUUAAUUUUAUAAAAAUAAACAGGAAUCGGGAAAUAAAAAAUGUACAAAA